AUGGUGCAAGGAUCUCAUCCUAUUUGUGUAACUUGUGGGGCAAAUCAUCUGUUGUUCGAAUGUCCACUAGUUAUCACGGAUCCUUCUUUUAUAGAGCAGGCCGCAUAUGCACAGAACUUUCAACAUCAACAAAAUAAUCCAUUUUCUCAGACGUACAAUCUCGGCUGGAGAAACCAUCCUAACUUCUCCUAUGGCAACAAUCAAAAUAGUCAAAAUCCACCAAAAAUGGGAAGACCACAAGAAGAAACAGUCUCAAAGCUUCAAGAACGAAGUGACCGGACCGAUGCAUCCAUUAAGAAUAUAGAAAAUCAAAUUGGGCAGUUGGCAAAACUUCUCAUCGAAAGGCAACCAAGCACAUGGCCAAGUAAUACGGAAGUUAACCCAAAGGAGCAAGUAAAUGCAAUCACAACAAGGAGUGGGGUAGAACUACCAGAAAUUCAUGUUAAAAGACCAAGUAUGGCAAAACAAAAUGGUAUUGUUCAAGAGACAACAGAUCAACUUGAAGAGCCCGAAGUAGUAGCUAAACAAGAUAAGGUAAUUUCACCACCGGUUAAGCCAUAUGUUCCUCCAAUUCCAUUCCCUCAAAGGUUGCACAAGCACAAGAUGGAUAAGCAAUUUGAGAAGUUUUUUGAGGUAUUCAAGAAACAUCAUAUUAAUAUACCGUUUGCGGAUGCCUUAGCCCAAAUGCCCAGCUAUGUGAAAUUCAUGAAGGAAAUCUUAUCAAAUAAGAGGAAAUUAGAGAAGCAUGAAACAGUCAACCUAACGGAGGAGUGUUCAACCAUCUUGCAGAAGAAGCUUCCACCAAAACUCAAGGAUCCAGGGAGUUUUUCUAUUCCUUGCACUAUUGGUACAUUUUCGGAAGUGAUAAUGCAGCCGUAG